UCUACCAAGAACGAACACAUUUGGUGAGUAUUAGCUGAGCAACAAGGAAAAAUCAAUUUGGAGAUAUCUUUAAAAUAACUCAGUAUUUGAACAAUCAGUGAGACCUGGAAAAGCCUGUUUAAAGAGUAAUAAGAUAAAAAUGCUGUCCGUGACAAACAUGGGAAAUGGCCAAGGCCUAUAAAAGGCCCCAGCAGAACAAGCAGUCCCAACUCAGAAACUCCUGCAAGCAACCCAACUCUCAACCCAGCUCCUGACACCAUGGCCUGCUGCUCCACCAGCUUCUGUGGAUUUCCCAGCUGCUCCAUCAGUGGGACCUGUGACUCCAGCUGCUGCCAGCCAAGCUCCUGCCAGACCAGCUGCUGCCAACCAAGCUCCUGCCAGACCAGCUGUGGCAUCGGUGGUGGCAUUGGCGGUGGCAUCAGUGGUGGCCAAGAGGGCGGCUACGGAGCUGUGAGCGCCCGCACCAGGUGGUGCCGCCCUGACUGCCGCGUGGAGGGCACCUCCCUGCCUCCCUGCUGCGUGGUGAGCUGCACCCCCCCAUCCUGCUGCCAGCUGCACCAUGCCCAGGCCUCCUGCUGCCGCCCAUCCUACUGUGGACAGUCCUGCUGCCGCCCAGCCUGCUGCUGCCAGCCCACCCGCUGUGAGCCCAUCUGCUGUGAGCCCAUCUGCUGUGAGCCCACCUGUUGAAAACAUCCUUCUGAUGGGAAUGCUGAGAAAAUGGCGCUUCAAAACUAACCACAAUGGAGUCCCAAUAAACUGAGCCCCCAAACCUAUAACCCAGUUUGCAACCUCUUGUUACAUGGCUACAUAAUUUCCCUAAGAGGUAAAUUAAUUUGUAAUGGAAGACAAAAGUAUUUCAUAGACCCAGAUAUCAAGAGAAGUCCUACAAUGUGAAAAGGAUGUGGAAUACUUUACUAUAAAUAUCGUCUGAAAUAUUUCAACAGCUCGUUGGGUUUAGAUUUAAUAAAAUUUGUCAUUCUUCAGUGAUGAA